GUCACUGAAAGGGGUGGUACAACGUCAGAUGGUGAGAUCCGACCAUCAAGGAGUUAUAUUGUUGUCCUGACUGAUUUUUCAUGUGGAUGUGGGAGACCAAGACAGUACCACUCUCCUUGUUCUCACUAUAUUGCAGCAGCUAGGCAUCGCAACUUUGACUACGAGACCAAGAUACCAUGGGAGUUGAGUGUUGAUAGCCUUGUGCUAACUUGGUCGCCCCGUUUUGAGCCUUUCCUAGAUGAGGGGCAGUGGCCAGAAUACAUUGGCCCAAGGUACAUUGCAGAUCCAGGUGCUCGCUGGAACAAACGUGGAACCAGAAAGCGUACGAGGCAUAAGAUGGUCAUGGACCAGAUUUCAGGUAGAACGAGGCGAGGGAGAGCAACCCCGUUUGUUACUGACCCCGAGCAAAAUCAAUGUGGCAAAUGUGGUAGACUUGGACACAACUCGCGUACUUGCCAUUGGCCGCUAAGUCAGGAUGGAGCAGUUCCACCUCCUGGAUCCAUACUACGAGGUGAAGCACCGAGGACGACUCACUGCCGAGGGGGCGGAACUACCCCCGCUUCGACCUCGAACGCAUGACAAGUUCGAGGAGAUGCGGUAUGACGACAGGUACACACCUCUGCUGCAGAGGGCUGGCCUAGAUGUCAUAUCGUAUCAGGUUCGUCGUGGGUUGCCUCCAAUUAACCCCGCGGCGAUCACAGCUUUGGUUGACAGGUGGAGGCCAGAAACUCAUAGUUUCCACCUACCUUGUGGAGAGAUGACUGUUACACUCCAGGACACUCAGAAGAUCCUGGGUUUGAGUGUUAGAGGUCGUCCAGUUAUCGGACACUGCAGGCCCGAUGGUUGGAGGGCCAGAGUUGAGGCCUUCCUUGGAAGACCACUUCCUCCGGAGGCACCGACGCAGCGCACCACUGGGGUACCAAUUGCUUGGCUUAGGCAGAGCUUUGGUAAUUGUCCGGCACAUGCGGACCAGGAGACAGUUGCCUACUACUGUAGAGCUUGGAUCUUGCACCUAUUUGGGUGUGUUCUUUUCCCUGACGCGACAGGGGACACUGCAUCGUGGAUGUACCUCCCGUGCCUCACUGACUGGGACACCACAGGUACUUACAGCUGGGCUUCGGGAGUGCUGGCUUACCUAUACCGUAGCCUUUGUGAGGCGUGUCGUCGGACCGCAAGUAGUUCUUCCGUUGGUGGUUGUGUUUACCUACUGCAGCUUUGGAUGUGGGCUCGUCUUCCAGUUGGACGGCCCAUAGUUGACGCUCCUCGGGAAUGGUUUGCAGUGGGCAACCCUCGUCACCGUCCGACGUUUGCCCAUCUUUGGGACCAGGCGAAAGUCGCCUUCAGCAGGACUUCACGUGCGUACGUACAGUAUGCCAAUGAGCUCGACACGCUUAGGCCCUCCAUGGUUAAUUGGGAGCCGUACACGGCGAAUGAUGCGCUACAUCUUGGAGUAAGCAGCAUGUGUAGCGAGGAUGAAGACUUGUACUUGAUGAUCUGCCCUCUGAUUUGCUUCUAUGCUGUUGAGUGGCACCUUCCAAAUCGAGUAGCCCGCCAAUUUGGCUUGUGCCAGCAAUGGCCUGUCCCUCCAUUUGAUACUUCCGUGGAGCUGCACAAGUAA